AUGAAUGCUGUCGAAGAAGGAGGAUUUGGAGCCGCCCUACGAGAGAUUCUUGCGGGUUCCAUCGCAGGUGCCAUCGGUAAAUUCAUAGAAUAUCCAUUCGAUACAGUAAAGGUUAGAUUACAAACACAAGAAGCAUACAUGUUUCCCAGCACAUGGUCAUGUAUCAAAUAUACAUACGAGAAUGAAGGUAUACUGGAAGGAUUCUACCAAGGUAUCGAGUCGCCCUUGAUUGGGGCGGCUUUGGAAAAUGCUAUCCUAUUUUUGGCUUACAAUCAAUGUUCUUCAUUUCUAAAUGCGUUCACUGAAUUCUCAGCGUUUCUGAUUAUUUUAAUAUCUGCUGGUUUUGCUGGUUCGUGUGCCAGUUUCGUCUUGACUCCUGUCGAGUUGAUUAAAUGUAAGUUACAGAUCUCGAAUCUACAUUACUCAUUGCAUGAUAAUGAUGGCGAGCAACAGGAUGAGGAGGAUGAGGAUCAGGGAAUGGUAAUAGGGGAGGGAAGACAUACUCGUAUAAUACCAACGAUUAAAUCUAUUAUUAAAGAGAAGGGACUUUUUGGACUCUGGCAAGGUCAAUCAAGUACUUUUAUUAGGGAGUCCAUAGGGAGUGUUGUCUGGUUUGCAACUUAUGAAUUAAUGAAGCAGACCUUGAGAGAUCCCAAGAGCGAAGUGAAUACUACGUGGCAGUUAUUGAUUAGUGGGGCAACGGCUGGUUUAGCAUUUAAUGGUAGUGUAUUCCCAGCAGACACUGUAAAGUCAAUAAUGCAAACAGAACACCUUGCAUUGAUGGAGACUGUUAGAUCGAUACUAGAGAGAGAUGGGGUAGCUGGCUUCUAUCGAGGAUUGGGUAUUACUUUACUUAGAGCAGUACCUUCAAAUGCCGCAGUCUUCUAUACUUACGAAAAAUUAUCCAAAAUUCUUUAA